UAAGAACAAGAAAAAAGAAAGAAGAAGGUAAUAAAGAAAAUAAGCAGGGGAAAAAUCAAUUAAAAGCGCGUAUAAUUGAUUUUAUUACUUGGAAAUUGUAAUAAAUCGGGGCAAAAUUGCAGUCAGAAAGGCUAAAGGCUAAAGGCUCUCUAGAAGGUGUAAAGCCAAGCUCUCUCGUUCUUGCAGUCAAAAAUUGAGGGCUCAGCUCUGAGGCCCUCAUUGUGGACAUUUGGUCAUGAAUUAAGAAGAGAAAUUCACCGAAUUGGCUUCUGUACCAGUCAUUCUUGCUGACUUGGGGGUCUUGUUGGGGUUUUCAUUUCCAAAUUUGCUGGCUAGAGGUGGUUCGGGUUGAAUUUGUUAUUAUCUCUUCUUUCUGGCUUUGAAUGUAUUCACAUAGUGGUGGCUUUUGAUUGAAGAUGCAAAGCUGUUUCUAAUCUUGCCAUAUCAGAUACUGAUUGUUUAGAGAAAGAGACAAGAUCCAUGCUUUAGCUUCCUUUUGGGUUAUUCCGUUCAGUUAGCAUCUCUUAUCUUAAUUGGUCUGAAAGCAAAGCGUUUUAGAUAAGGAAAACUGACAAAAAGAGAAUAAACAAGCUGGGUGUUUUCCUCUGUAAAUUCGUAUCAAUCUUCACCUUCUACCUUUACUGAAAAGCCAGCUUUGGAGAAGGAGAAAUUGGGCUCUUCUUUAUUGGGUCUUUAGUGCCGCUGCCAAAAAUAAUCUAUUUAUUGGGUCUCUAUAUCAAUACCAAUCCAGAAGGCCAAAGGGUGUUUAAUUUUGUUGGGGGAGGAAAUUGGGCAAAGUGUAUUCUACCAAGAAACAUUGGGGUUUUAAUCUGGCAGCUGGUCUGGAGUGCAUACUCAGUAUUAUCAGGGCCCUCAGAAUGGGGUCCUGCUUAUCUUCGGAUGGGAGGAGCCCUCUCCCCUGUUCUCCUUCAUCUGCUUCGGGUGGAAGGAAACAGAGAAGGAACACCAAGAAGAAACAUGGUUUUGAUUCGAGGAGAGUCGAACAGUUGCAGCGUGUCCCUGGUAGGAUGUUUCUGAAUGGGUCAAGCAAAGUUGCUUCUCUCUUUACUCAGCAAGGGAGAAAGGGGACCAACCAAGAUGCCAUGAUAGUGUGGGAGAAUUUUGGUUCAAGAACGGAUACAGUUUUCUGUGGGGUUUUUGAUGGUCAUGGCCCUUAUGGGCACAUGGUUGCCAAAAGAGUGAGAGAUUCCCUUCCUUUGAAAUUGAGUGCUCACUGGGAAGUAAACAUAGGUAGUGAAGAAGGGCUUCGUGAAAACAGCAGCAUAUCAGGAAGCAUGAACUCGGAAGACUCAGCUUUCAUGUGCCUGGAUGAGGAAUCAAGGGAUUCAAUGGACCUCGAGGAAAAGGAGAAGCUCGCUGAAAUCUUCAUGAGUCUCAAGGAUUCGUUUCUUAAGGCAUUCAAAGUGAUGGAUAAAGAAUUGAGACUACACCCAGCAAUUGAUUGCUUCUGCAGUGGUACAACAGCUGUCACUCUGGUCAAGCAGGGUCAAGAUCUUGUGAUUGGGAAUAUUGGUGACUCGAGAGCUAUACUGGGCACCAGGGAUGAAGAUGACUCCCUUAUUGCAGUUCAGCUCACUGUAGACCUUAAACCCAAUCUACCAAGAGAAGCUGAGAGGAUAAGGCAAUGCAGAGGUCGGGUGUUUGCUCUUCAGGAUGAGCCAGAGGUGGCGAGAGUAUGGCUUCCAAAUAACGACUCCCCUGGUCUGGCCAUGGCAAGAGCCUUUGGCGACUUUUGCCUCAAGGAUUAUGGCCUCAUCUCUGUUCCUGACGUCUCGUAUCGCCGCCUCACUGAGAGAGACGAGUUCAUUGUGCUUGCUACCGAUGGGGUGUGGGACGUGCUCUCGAACAAGGAGGUGGUGGACAUUGUGGCCUCUGCAAUGACGCGCACCACUGCUGCACGCUCCCUAGUGGAGAGCGCUGUGCGUGCCUGGCGGUACAAAUACCCCACCUCUAAGGUCGACGAUUGUGCUGUGGUCUGCCUCUUUCUUGAUCACCCCACUAAGAAGUCUCCCUUGGAAGAAUCUAUCGGAGCCCCACCGUCCCAAGAAGAGGUGGGGCCCAUGGCCAACCCCUCCGAGGAUGAGGAAACCCCCCCCCCAUUCGAGCGCUCAGCCACUGUGCGCGAGGGUUGCGAGAUCUCACCAGAUUCUAGCAAGAAAGAGCUUAUAAAGGAAAGUGGCAGUAUUGGGGUAGACGAGUGGUGUGCUCUUGAGGGAGUUAGUAGAGUGAAUACACUCUUAGCACUCCCAAGGUUUGUGCCUAGCGAUAAGUGGCCACCAGACCGAGAGGCCAGAAAGUGAUCAAAAGAUUUGGUGGAGGUAUUUUUAAUGAUUCAAAAUUCGUUUUAUCUUUCUUCGUCAGAUUCAGUGAGUUGGUUCUUGGUGGGAAAUGAGCUCUCUCCCUCUUUCAAGCUCUCAUUUGGGUGCUCUGUCCCUCUCUCUCCUCUUCGCCAAUCUCUUCCCAUCUCUUUCAAUCUUUCCCGAUUGCAUCCCUAUGUACUAUGGCGAGGCCUUGAUGGUGUUCAGAGAAGCCUGGCUUUGUAAUAUCUAGCCAUAGAAUCAACUCUGGGUUUUGGUAGGUAAUUCAUUUUAGAGUUUUGUUUUGUUUAAUUUAUCUUUUCUGGUAUUAGUAAUUUGAUAUGUUUGGGUUCCUCUACUAUGUUUUUAGUAUGGUAGAAUUGAAGCCUCAAAGUGCUUCAACAUGUGGAAGCCCCUAAAAGAUUUGUGUGAUGUCUCCGUGGCAGUGAUCACUGUUCUAGUCGUCGUCGGUCCUCUAUUCCUGUUGUACCAAUCAUAAUAAAUGAAAUUUAUGAUAAUAUGUAUCCUUACAGUC